GAAGAAACAACAAGGGAAAAAAAAGUGAGAGAGAGAGUGGAAAAGAACUGUCGUUCGUGGCACGUCUCUAGCUAGGUGGGUUGGUCACUUGGUCGUCUUUCGAAACAUCGGUUUUUAGGAAAUAAACCAAAAAAUAAAAAAACUUGAGCGCACUGUGAAUUCUCUCUCCCCGUAUAUUCGUCUUCCUUAUAUGCACGUCUGUGUACAUACGUGUUCUGUGAGUUUUUCAGUGCUACGGCGAGGACGACGUUGGUUAUUAGGGUUUUUGUUUUCAGCCGUUUCAUGGUCAGAGUUAGCCAACAUGAGGAAGAAGCUAGAUACCCGUUUUCCAGCCGCUAGGAUCAAGAAGAUUAUGCAAGCAGAUGAGGAUGUUGGAAAGAUCGCUAUGGCUGUACCUCUUUUAGUAUCUAAAGCUUUGGAGCUAUUUCUACAAGAUCUUUGCGAUCAGACAUACGAGAUAACUCUGCAGAAAGGUGCAAAGACCGUGAAUUCUCUGCAUUUAAAACAGUGUGUGCACUCGUUUAAUGUUUUUGAUUUCCUGAAGGAUAUUGUCAGUAAAGUUCCUGAUUUGGGUGGGUCUGAUACUGCUGGUGAGGAACGAUCGGUUGCAAAGAGAAGGAAAGUUGUAGAUACUGAAGACAAUGAUAGUGAUGAGGAAUUCAAGAAGAGUAAAAUGCAUGAAGUUGGUCAUCAUAGUGGUGGCAGAGGAAGAGGUAGGGGCAGAGGUAGAGGGCGUGGACGAGGUAUUCGAGUUACAGACAGGGAGGCAUCACAUCAUGACAAGUAUGAAGAUGAUCCAGACGAUUUCAAGUACAAUGGCAAUAUUGAUCCAACCCUUGAAAUUCUAGAUAAUGAUAGAGCAGAUCCUGAAGGACCUAAGGAGAAUAUUGCAUGUGAUGAAAACAAAACCGAAGCACCACUCCGAAACUUUGACCUGAAUGUGGACCUGAAUGAGACUGAGAACUUGACAACUGUGUUGACCCCAGCUCCUGUUCCUGUUCUUGCACAUGUUCCAUCCCCUGUUCAUACUGGUAUAUCUGCACAGAUCAUUCCCGAAAUGAAGCACGAGGAACACCCUGGUUGGUCCUUGGAAGACGUGGAAAAGAUGGCCAUUGAUCCCAGUCAACUUGCCAGCUUAAAUAGGAGGAUGGAUGAAGAUGACGAAGAUUAUGAUGAAGAAAGUUAACCAACUGCUGAAUAGUUAAGGCUCAGGUGCUAGAGCGAUUGGUUGAUUCCAUCAUUAUAGGCAAUAGUCAUCUUUUGAAUGCAUAGUUAAGAGGAGGUAGGAUCAUAGUAGACAAAAGUUAAAAAAGAUGUAGGGGUGACUUUGUUAUGACAGAUGUUUAGGAGAAGGUAGAUGAAAGAAAGAUGAAUUGAUUAAUUUUAGUUAAUCUUAGGAAUAGAGGAAUUCUUUCAUUUUGGUUUCUUUGAAAGUUGGUAGUAUAUAUUUGCCGCGUUGCAAAGGAAAGAUCAAUAAAGAGACCACAUUGUUUAAUUUUUCUGUGAGACUGUUUUCAACCUUAAGCAACAAAAUUGACCUGUCUGGUGCUC